AUGCCUGAACUACAAAUCAACAAAGGAGGAGAAUUGGACCUGAAUAGAUCACUUCAUUACAUCGAGAAAGAUGUGAUGCCAUUUAUGAGGCAAGUAGAUGAGAUGGACUUUACACUUUGCGAGGUUCUUUUAAGUAGCAGCAACCUUUUGGACAGGCUAAGAGACGGAAAGUUUGAUCUGUUAUUCUUUGACUUUGGCAACGUUGGCUCAGGUCCAAUUAUAAAUGAAUACCUUGGCAUUCCAUCCAUUUCGUAUUCUAAUUAUGGGUUUAUGGAAACUUGGACUAUAUUCAAACAAUCGACGUUUUAUUCUUUUACGCCAGGUGUUUUCAGCCCUUUUUCAGAUAAUAUGACAUUUUGGGAAAGAGUGCAAAAUACAGACAUGCUUCUGGAUAUGGAAAAAUGGGCCGGCGGUAGAAUAGAUCAUAUUGAAAAAAUGAAGGCCAAGUACCUUCCAAACAACAACUGGCCAUAUGCUAAGCACUCAUAUGAACGAGUGUCUCUAAUGAUUGCCGCCAAUGUCAAUUUUGCGUUUGACUACCCGAGAUCUGUCAUGCCGCACGUGAUACCAAUUUCUGGACUUCUUUGGACACCGCCUAAGCCGUUAUCAAAAAGUAUGAAAUAUGACACAAUGGAACUCUUCACUUUCAGUCUCAUGCUGCUUACAAUCUGA